AAUCAGAGUCGUCAACGUACUCGAUUCUGUUCCACCCGUGAACAAGUUGGAAUCAUUCGAGAAGAUUUGUUCAAAGUGAAAGUACGCAAUUGACUCAAAUAGGAUGAUCGAUCGUUACUUGCCUUCCGCGUAUCUUCUUAAUCUGGAUAAAACUACCGAGUGAUGUAACCCGGCAGCGCGCCACCAGUCUCAAAAUAUUUACAACGCUGAUAACAUCGUCAUCAGUAGUUCGUCGCGACAAAGUAAAUCAACAUCAAAAUAUUUUCGGUGUAAUGCCUUUGAGUUUCUAAUCGGCCCGGUGAAUAGGAAUCAGUGAAAAUGAGUGCUCCGAUUUUGAUUACCGUGCCGAAGUAUGUGGCGAUAUCGCCCAGCCCAAUGCCAAGGACCCUCCAGCCUGCGGUGCCUCCUCCGGGCGAUGUUCCCUCGGGAGAUUGCCCGCGAGCGAAGAAACGGAGGCUCGACCAUUUAACAUGGGAGGAAAAGAUCCAAAGAAAGAAACUGAAAAAUCGUGUGGCCGCACAGACGUCCCGCGACAGGAAAAAGGCUAGAAUGGAAGACAUGGAACACACAAUAGCUAUGCUCACACAACAGACAGAAAUCCUACAAAACAAAUGCGACAGCCUGCAAGCCAUCAAUGAGUCUCUCUUAAGUAAAAACGAAAAACUCGACCAUCAAGUGGAAAAGCUCCAGAAGGAAAUCGAAGAGCUUCGACGUCAACAAGCGUCUGAACCUGCCAUUGUGCCAUCGGACAGUAUACCCUCUGCCGAAGGGAAAAUUAGUACCGGAGUCAACAGCGUGCGACCGGAAAGGCAACUCAGCUGCUCUCUGGCAGAUAAUAGCCCUCUGCCUUCUCUACAAGACCUGCUCGAAGACUUCGAUGCCAGCAAGCUUGAAGAGCUCGCCGAAAGUCUUCUCGCAGAUAUCACAGCAGACAUGGAAAGAGGCAAUCCGCCGUGCGUCCCAGAUGAUGCCAAAAGUCCAAGCAGAACGGAGCGACUGCCUGGAUCAGUGGUGGGGUCCUCAGCAGAGCACCUGGAACCCAGCGAAGAUAGCAGCAUGUACAGCAUAAAACCCGUCGAAAAGCCUACCAAAUCCGCACCCCAAAAAUUGAAUUCACUUAGCACAGUGGCAGACCCCGAAACGUUGUAUGGAACUUACGACGAGAAAACUAACAGCAUCACAAUAGUCAUGCCCGACGGGGAUAUAUCCGUCGAGGAAGCGGUCGAGGUGGUUUGUGAUACUCCAGACGAGGAGGACGUUAUGAUGGACAGUACGAGUAGCAGCGCUGUGGAUGCGUUCGACCCUAUCAAGGAAUUUCUGUGCCCCAAAGAACCCGUGGUCGAAGCCAAGAGCCCACUCUCAACACAUUCCAUUUCGGACUGCGGCUACGAGUCGAUUGGAUCGCCUCAGAGUGACAUGGGAAGCCUUCAGUUGGACGAUAUCUGGAGUAGCAGCUUCACGGAGCUGUUCCCUUCGCUUGCGUAGCGCAGCCGCGCGUACUCUGUUCCAGUGUUCUGUAUCUCAAGCCAACUCAUUGUCUAGUUCGCUCUUUUUGACAUUGUAAAUAGUUUUCUAGGGUGUAAGUUUUGUACAUAUGAAAUUAGGAGUAAGCUACUGCGUUAAGUGAUAAUAAUUAUUGUAAUUUUAACUUGA